AGGUCCGGUCGACGUCGCCCCCCUUUCAACUCUUCAAGCUCAGACCAGCAGUUCUGAAGUCGUCUAUUCCUCUGCUCAAAUUACGCGCCCUCUUCAAUUCUUUUUUUGGUCUUCCCGUCACGCAAAGGGGAGCUUGAAAGGUGGCCGCCAGCACGGGGUGCAACCGAGAAGGAGCGAAGCGGGAGGAAAGGGCACCGAAAAGGGACAAAAGGGAUUUCGAGCAAGAAUGUUCAAGAGCGCGACUGGUGUUGCUACGAAUGGUGGCGGUGGUGGUGCUGCUGCUGCUGCUGCUGCUGCUGCUGCUGGAAUGGCAACGCGAGGCUGCUGCGGUGUUGCGAGCGCAUGUGCCAGUGCGAGUAGCAGACCCUACUGCGAUGCUGCUCGACGACGAGGACCUUGUGGGAUUGUUGCGCGCUCACCUGCAGGUCUCGCAAGUGUCCGAAUUGGCUCGCAUGGACCAGUCAGAUGGGCCUGGAUGAGCAGGGGCGCGAGCAGGAGCGCUAGCACGAGCAGGAGCGCCUCGCAAUUGCAAGCGACAGGAGCGAAUGCGCCCACGCACCCUCACACGCACGCCACUUCGACGUACGAGAGGGACGACGAAGAGUUGAGAGCGGUGUUGGAUGCGCCUACAGAUUCUUCAUUGGCAUCCAGCAGCCGUGCCACUCCUUUCUACACGCGACCUCCAAGCGGUCUGUUUCGUCUGCCUUCCUUUUCCUCUCCUUCAGCCCUACCCUCUCUGGUCGAACGCACCAUUGCUCGUUCUCAACUGCUCGUGCAACGCAUCAGUCUUGCCUCUUUACGAAACGACGCGCAAGAAUUAAAAGGAGUGGUCAGGUUGUUGGAUAGACUUAGCGAUACGCUUUGCAGAGUCAUCGAUGCUUGCGAACUCAUCCGAAAUGUUCAUCCGGAUGCGCAGUGGGCCGAGAGCGCAAACGACGCCUACGAGCAAUUAUGCCACUACAUGAACGUACUCAACACUAGCAGACCGCUCUACGACGCAGUCUCUCUAGUGCUAGCCGAUGCAAGCCUUCGCGCCUCUCUAUCGCCAGAAGCGCUCAGCGUGGGUCAGGCUUUUCAGAAGGAUUUCGAAAAGUCGGGCAUACAUCUGCAAGAAGCUUCGCGCAAAAAGUUUGUCGACCUCUCUAGCGAUCUGGUCAGGCUUGGUCGACAAUUUUUGAGUCCCACGUUGGAUGAGGCGGAAGAGAGAGGUUUGGCGAGGUUCAUACCCGAGGAGCAUCUGAGCGGUCUGCCUGCGGGUGUCAAGGCGGCUCUUCGACAAGCCGACAGCGGCGGCGGCGGCAGCAGCAGCAGCAGCAGCGACAAGGGUCAAGGCAUGUUUGUACCGGUGGCAAGUUGGCAAGCUCAAUUGCUGCUCAAGUACGCACCGGACCAGAGGGCUAGAAGGACAGCUUACGAAGCUAUGCACGGGGCUAGCCAGAGGCAGGUCCAGGUGUUGGAAGAGAUGCUGCGCAAAAGAGCGCAGUUGGCAAACGUCACUGGUUUCGAAAGCUUUGCAGAGCUCACUCUGGGAGACAAGAUGGCCAAGAAUCCUAAACACGUCGACGAAUUUUUGGCUGCUCUCGAUGCGGAAAACAGAUUCAAGACUCGGGCCAAGCUUGCAGAGCUGUUGCAACUCAAACAGCAACAACAGGGCGCUUCGUCAGGAGCUAUAGCAGCGUGGGACAGGGAUUACUACUCGCAGCAAUACCUUCGAUCCAUCUCCCUACAAUCCUCCACCACUCCCAUCUCUCCCUUUUACAGCGUAGGAACGCUUUUUUCAGGUCUUUCGAAACUUUUGCAAAAGCUGUACGGCUUGAGAUUUCGCGUGGUGCAGACGGACGAUGGAGAGGUGUGGGAAGAGGGGGUGAAGAGGAUCGAAGUGAUGAACGAGUCGGAAGAAUUGGUGGGCGUCAUUUAUGCCGAUCUGUUCUCUAGACAAGGCAAAGCUGGAGGAGCUGCGCAUUACACUGUCCGAUGCUCGCGUCGAACAGACGUGGAUGAUCUGGCCGGCGAUCUAGCUUACGGUCUACCUGGUGCACCCAUCGACGAGCUCUCUUUGCAGGAAAAGCAAGAGAUGCAAAAAGCUUGCCAACCGCUCGAAGAGGAAUCUUUUAGCGUGGCUGGGAAAGAGGGAAAAUACCAAUUGCCCGUCGUCGUGCUUAUUUGCGAUUUCGUCAGACCUACUGUGGGACAAGGACCGACAUUGUUGAGCUGGAACGAAGUGGAGACGCUCUUUCACGAGAUGGGCCAUGCUGUUCAUUCCAUGUUGGGAAGGACAGAGUAUCAUCAAGUUUCGGGCACACGAUGCGCUACGGAUUUUGUGGAAUUGCCAUCCAUCCUCAUGGAGCAUUUCAUCUCUUGUCCAAGCGUCACCUCCUUGAUUGCCCGGCAUCACUCUACCGGUUCUUCCUUGGCCUACUCGACGCUACGCAAACACGUCGAGGCUUCGCGUUCGCUAGAAGCUAUCGAUACGCAUCAACAGAUCUUGCUAGCUCAGCUAGAUCAAGCUUAUCACACUUCCAACGUCCUCUCAUCCGACUUUUCAUCCGAUCAGACGCUGGCUGAUCUGCACGCGCGUCAAUCUCUGCUCACUCCCAGUCCCAGCAGCGUGCACUCUCAGGCGCAUUUCGGUCAUUUGGUAGGUUAUGCGAGCACCUACUACUCUUACCUAUUCGACCGCGCCAUCGCUUCCAAAGUCUGGCAGAAAAUCUUUGCCAAAGAUCCGCUGGAUCGAAGAGCGGGAGAAGAGUUUAGGGAAAAAGUGCUAAAGUGGGGCGGGGGCAGGGAUCCUUGGGAGGCGUUGGCGGAUCUUUUGAAGGAUGAUGAGAUUGCAAAGGGCGAUAGCAGGGCUAUGCAGAUUGUUGGACGUUGGGGUAUUGCAAAUGUGGGAGUGGAAGCACCAAAGUAGGACAAGAGAAGAGAAGAGGAAGCAAUACGGGGCGUGGUGUCGUUUCAGGAAGGAAAGGGAGGGGUGAAAAGUCGAAUUUGGGUGUGACCCGCACAAGGUGCCCCGUCUUGUCGGUCCUUCGCAUGGGUCGCAAUUCAAUCGCAUUCGACGAUC